GUUUCGGUUAAAUUUUGUGUAUUUCCUUUCUUAAUGCGAUUUGCAUUUUGCUAUGGGUUAAAUAGUGAAAAAUGUCACUGCAUAUAUUUGAGCAUAUAUUCGAAUGAUAAUUUUUUAAAGUAGAAGUCGAUAGAUUUGACAAAAUACCAAAAAUGGCGAUCUGAAAAAACAAUUAUUUCAUACAACAUCUACGUAUAAUUGGAUCGACUCGUUGAGAAUUGGCAAACGUGCACCUUUCCGUCAUCCCUGCAUAAUAUUUCUUUCUAUUCGCUUGACGGAAACGAAUAUCUUUGAAGUAACGUUUGGAACGUUCAACAUAUAUUUCCUUUUACCUAAGAUAUCCCAGGGAAAGAGGAAAAAUGCAGACAAUUAAAUGCGUUGUAGUUGGGGAUGGUGCAGUAGGUAAAACUUGUCUGUUGAUUUCAUACACCACGAAUAAGUUUCCAUCCGAAUAUGUCCCAACAGUGUUUGAUAAUUAUGCUGUGACUGUUAUGAUUGGCGGUGAACCAUAUACCUUAGGAUUGUUCGAUACAGCAGGUCAGGAGGAUUAUGAUCGGCUACGUCCCUUAAGUUAUCCUCAAACUGAUGUGUUUCUUGUUUGUUUUUCGGUUGUGUCACCAUCGUCAUUUGAAAACGUUAAAGAAAAGUGGGUUCCAGAAAUUACUCAUCAUUGUCAAAAGACUCCAUUCUUACUGGUGGGUACUCAGAUUGAUUUACGAGACGAUGCAGCGACUAUAGAAAAACUUGCAAAAAAUAAACAAAAGCCUAUAUCUGCGGAACAAGGUGAGAAACUUGCCAAAGAACUCAAAGCAGUAAAGUAUGUGGAAUGCAGUGCUCUUACACAGAAAGGUUUGAAAAAUGUGUUCGACGAAGCUAUUCUAGCAGCGUUAGAGCCUCCGGAACCAGUUAGAAGAAGACGAUGUAUCGUUUUGUAGAGAGCAACUAACAUCGUUUUUAAAACCUAUUAGCACUGUUCGGACGAUGACUGCUGUAUGAGUUUGUCAUACAGUGCAUACGAGAAUACUUUCGACUAAUGAUAGUUCGUCUGAUUAUCUGUGCGAUCUAUCUUUCGUUUUCAAAUCAUUCGACGUACGCUCGAUUCGAAGAAAAAAUUCGAUCCAGAAAAGGUGAAGACAAGCAUUUUAUGUAUAAGAAAUAUCCAUACAUAUACAUGUAUAUUAUGUGCGUACAUGUGCAUGUGUGUAUGUGUAUACACACACAUAUAUAUAUGCAUUCAUGCAUACAUAUACACUGAGUGCGUGUGCACAGACACACACACACACAGAGGCAGACACACCCAUACCAAUAUUUAUCCUUUCGUCGACUGGUUCAUCGAAAAAAGAUAUUCUACGGUUGGUUUUUGCUUCAACCAAUUCGAAGCAGCGAGCGAACAUCGAUGCUUCUUGGCAAUCGCGUGGAAGGAACAAUGUAAUUAUUGACAACUGUGAACAUCUGCACGAAUUUCGUAUAAAAAAUACUUGUAAAACAUUCUUCUAUUUAAUAUGUAAGACGUUUUUAUUGAUAACUUAGUAGUGUGAAUUUUUUAAUAAAUCAGUUUAAAAAAAGAUUAUGAUUGAAACAUA